CAGCUCUCAGUUGGACUAACGCCGAGACCAGGGGAGGAGUGGGGAGAGAGAGAGAGAGAGGCUUCCGCGAAUGCCCUUCUAUAAGACGGGGGCGGCGAAGACGGGGCACAGCCGGCUGGAGGACUGACGUCCAGAGCGGGAAGGAGAGCCGCGCCAAUCUAGGGUUCGCAUCGGUCGCGUGAUUUUGUUUUCUUGAAUCGGAAGCGGACGAGCAUUGUUGAAUAACUAAGAAUCGUCUGAUGAAGUGAUUGAUAAUGUGAUUCAUCGGAUCGAGAGGUGCAUUGACAGUGGAAGAUUCUGAUCUUCAGUUCAAUGUGCCUAAUCUCUGAAGAUAGUCAUGAGAUAGCCAAUGACGGCAUGGUUGAUGUUUAAAUUUGCUGAUGAAAGACAACCGUGAAGACACAAAUCAAUUUGGGAAACACUGAUGAAGAUGGAGUAAUGAAUGCCAUACGCUGUGAAAAGAUAGAUCUUGUGAUAUGCUUUGGGAAGCUGUAACUGGAGGAUGACUGGCUUGCCGGUUUAGUCAAAACACAACCAAGAAAAGUAGCUGGUGAUGGCCUAGGUUGGAGAGAUGCUGUUGCCAGAGACAAGUGCAGAAUCUAGGAAGUUUGUCUUUCCCCUUCAUUAACUCACAACAAGAGGACAAUAGAGAAGGAUCUUCUCCCAGGUUGGAGGUUGGCGUUGACGCCUCUACAAAUAACAUUGACAAGAACCUGGUUCAACAGGAAGUUAUGGAGUUCAUCACCCUUCAAGAUUGCAUGAAUAUCUUUUUGAGCAGAUUUGGUUCUUUGCAGCCACAACAGGCGGGAUCUACUUAAGCAAAUCAAAGAACUGGGCAGUCAUGGGGAUCAACAGAAUCAAUCUAAAUAUGACUAGUUCCCAGUGUUUUGAAUAUGACUUUGAUGAAGUUUUUUCAGUGCUUUAAAACAUUUCUAUCAAUUCCCCAUCUAUGGAAAUGAACAAUUGAUAGGCCGAGUCUGCUAGUGAGCAGAGGAUGCAUGAGCAUCUGAAGUUCCCUGUUUGUACAGAGGACGCAUCACCGUUGAGAGCACCUAGCUUUUCAAAGCUAUCUCAUGCCUGAAGCACUAGAGAAGAAGAAUCUCCAAACAAAUAAGCAAAGUCUGAAUUUCAGUGUUUAUGGAAAAUUUUGUAUUUUUAUACUUUUACUUGGACUUGAGCAUUCUAAGGGUAUAAGUUCUGGAACCCUGUUUCCGGAUUUCGUUGGAGCAUACAGUGAACACCUAGUGUAUGACGAUGAAGAUCCGUUCUGUUUAUCAUAUGAGGAUAAUUCUGUCUCUUGUCAGGAAUUAAAAGGAUUUGGAACUUUCAAUACAACUUGCCUACUAAACUCAAGUUUGUAUUUAGAUGGAGAUCUCUGUGUAUAUGGGUCAGGUAGCAUUGAGAUUUCCCCUCACGUUUCCAUCACAUGCCUUAUUAAAGGAUGCUCUGUUAUCUUUCACAUGUCUGGAAGCAUUAAAAUUAGUGAACAUGCAAACAUAGUAGCAGGCUCUGUUAGGUUAGUUGCUAAAAAUCUUGCUUUGGAUCACCAUGCUACAAUAAACACGACAUCCUUGGGUGGAUCACCACCUUCCCAGACAAGUGGCACCCCUAUUGGUUACGAUGGUGCUGGUGGAGGCCAUGGGGGUCGUGGUGCUUCUUGUGUAAAAAGUAACAAGACUAACUGGGGCGGGGAUGUUUAUGCAUGGUCAACGUUAUUUAGGCCAAGGAGUUAUGGGAGCAAGGGAGGUAGCAUAUCUGCUGAAAACCAAUAUGGAGGUGAUGGUGGGGGCUGCAUUCUCUUCAACAUUAAUGAUACAUUGCAAUUGGAUGGAUCAGUUACUGCAGAAGGCGGACAAGGAGGUCUCAAAGGAGGAGGUGGAUCUGGAGGAAGCAUCAUUGUCCAUGCAUUCAAGCUGAAGGGAACUGGUAUUAUUAGUGCCGCUGGUGGAAGUGGAUGGGGUGGAGGUGGCGGUGGACGAAUCUCUCUAGAGUGUUACAGCAUACAAGACGUUAAGAUCACAGCUCAUGGUGGUUUCAGUAAUGGCUGUCCUGAAAAUGCUGGUGCAGCUGGCACAGUUUUUGAUAAGGCCCUAGAAAGUCUUAGGGUCAGCAAUGACAACUUCACAACAAAAACUGAAACUCCGCUUCUUGAUUUUCCUGUGUCUACACUUUGGUCCAAUGUUUUUGUGGAGUCCAAGGCCAAAGCUUUAGUUCCGUUACUUUGGACAAGAGUGCAGGUAAGAGGCCAAAUUAAACUGAUAGAUGGCGGCAGCAUUUGUUUUGGGUUGAUGGAUUACCCAGUUUCAGAAUUCGAGCUUGUUGCGGAGGAGCUUCUCUUAAGUGAUUCUGUAAUAAAGGUUUAUGGUGCAUUUAGAAUGUAUGUAAAAAUGCUUCUUAUGUGGGACUCAAGAAUCCAGAUAGAUGGUGGGGGCAACAGUGAAGUUUCUACAUCUUUGCUUGAAGCUAGAAAUUUAGUAGUCCUCAGGCACAAUUCUGUCAUCUCCUCAAAUGCCAACUUGGGCGUUUACGGUCAAGGGCUUCUCAAAUUAUCUGGGCGUGGUGAUGAAAUCAAAGCACAGAGACUUUUUCUGUCAUUGUUUUAUAACAUUGAAGUUGGGUCAGGUUCAUUAUUACAGGCACCAUUAGAUGAAAAUGUGGAAAGCAGUUUGGUUACUCAGUCACUAUGUGAGAGUCAAACAUGCCCAAAAGAACUACUCAUGCCUCCUGAUGAUUGCCAUGUGAAUGAUUCUCUAUCUUUGACUUUGCAAAUCUGCCGUGUUGAUGAUCUUACUGUCAGUGGCAUUAUUCGUGGUAGUAUCAUUCAUAUUCACCGAGCAAGGACUGUCACAAUUGAUACAGAAGGCAUUAUUAGCGCUUCAGAGUUAGGUUGCAAAGAGGGAAUUGGAAAGGGAAAGUUCUUAAAAUAUGGAGCUGGAGGUGGCGCUGGACAUGGAGGGAAGGGUGGAUCUGGAUUUUAUAAUGGCUUGCUAAUUGAUGGUGGGCGGAAAUAUGGUGAUGCAGAUCUUCCUUGUGAGUUAGGAAGCGGAAGCAGUGGAUCGAGUGAGUCUCUAGUAAAUGUGGCUGGAGGAGGAAUGAUAGUUAUGGGCUCCAUCAACUGGCCGCUUUUUAGAUUAGAGAUACAUGGUUCUUUACAAGUGAAUGGUCAAAGCCAUCGAGAAUCAUCAAUGAACUAUAAUGCAACAAUGAUGGGUGGCGUUGGUGGUGGUUCUGGUGGUACAAUACUUCUCUUUCUGCAAGCUUUUAUUCUGGAGGAAAAUUCAUCAUUAUCAGUAGCUGGUGGGAAUGGUGGACCUGCUGGUGGUGGGGGUGGGGGUGGUGGAAGAAUUCAUUUUGAUUGGUCAAAUAUUGCUACUGGAGAAGAAUAUGUUCAAGUUGCUUCGGUGAAUGGCUCCAUUAUGUCAAGGUAUGACUAGUUCAUAUAAUGCUUC